AUGGUUGGUGAAACCAUUAGCAUUCAACAUAUUACAGAUUUACCCACCUUGCUUCCCCUUGACGGAAAUCUUGCCGGUGUGGUACACUAUAUUGGUGGUUUGAACAUUAUCAUAAAAUUCAUCAACUCAAAAUCCGCGAAGGCAUUCUAUGACAACGAACACAACUGGAACCGUUGGUUCAAAUGGCUCAAAAUGGGAUUUAAUGACGACCUGAUACAAGAGAGGAUUACAUGGAUAAAAAUUAAUGGUUUGUCAAUACGCUUUAGAUCAAACGAAAAAUUUGCACUUAUUGCAAAUGCUUUUGGGAAAACACUUGAGAUCAUUGGCAUUGACUCGAAUGCAUAUGAUUUAUCUCGUGGCAAUGUUUACAUUAUUACUAAACACACCACAAUCAUAAACGAGGUAGUUAACGUUUCAUUUGAAAACAAAGUAUUUCGUGUUGGUGUGGUGGGAUAUGAUAGAGAUUGGUCGCCUAUUGAUAAAUCAAUCCAGAAAGAACUUGUCCCUCAUGACAACAAUAAUGAUGAUGAUGUGGAGGAUGACAUGGGGGAGGAAAAUUAUGAAGAAGAGUAA